GUACAUAUUGAAUUUUUCAGAAACCACAAGCAAAACUGGAUUUUGUAUUCCAUGCAUUUAUAAAAUAUUGAAUACGAAAAAUCCUAAAACUAUUCCUGUACUAUCGUGCUCUUAUAACAAUAGUAACUUUAUGAACACGAAUUAAAAAAGGAAAAUCAAACUUUCUCAUUGUUAUUAAAAAAACACCUCUCUGGUCCAAAGGAAUUUAUACUCAUUUGUGCUACAGAGAUAUUAAGUGAAACAAAACAGGAAGAACAACUAAUAGUAUAAAUAUUGUGAUUUUCAACCUGAAUUCUCCAUAAUGGCAUUUAAGAGAAUUAUACUUUUAACUGUUUUUGUUCUUACUGCUCUGGGAAAAGGAGAAGGAAAUCAACAAUACUUCCGCGUAAAGCCGAAGGAUACGGAUAUCGUUGAAGGUCAAUCUGCAGAUCUUCAAUGUCAUAUUGGUAAUCAGGCUGGUGCUGUUCAGUGGAGUAAAGAUGGAUUUGUUUUAGGUUUUGAUCCGGAUAUACCUGGAUAUCCUCGCUAUAGUAUGAUAGUCGACGAAAGAAGGGGAGUGUAUAAUUUACGCUUGAGAGGCGUUCAGCUGGACGACGAAGGAGAAUAUCAGUGUCAAGUAGGACCAGAGCAUAAGAACCACCCCAUAAGAGCUGCAGCUCGCGUGACAGUUCUAGUUCCUCCGAAGAAACUGGAGAUUCAGAACCACGCAAACGGAAGCACUCUGCAGGUCCGCGAAGCUGAAAGAAUAGCCCUUACAUGCAUUUCGAGGCAUAGCAAGCCGGCCGCAAAACUCAAGUGGUACCGCAAUGGAGUUCUUCUUCAAGGAGGUUCAUUUCAUCCCAGGGAAGAAAUCACUGGUUCUCGUGUUCAUACAACUCUUAGUACUAUUACUGUGUACGUUAUAAUGGAUGACAAUGGAGCAUCAUAUACUUGUGAAGCAAUACAUGCAGCCUUAACAUACCCACUAAAAGCUAAAAUUACGAUAGAUGUCUUAUAUCCCCCCGGCAUCCCUGAAAUCGAAGGGUACCAGGAAGGAGAUAUCGUCCAAGUGGGUGAUACACUGACGCUCGCUUGCAUUACCAGAGGUGGUAAUCCGCAAGCCGAGCUCAUCUGGUACAGAGACAACGUCCAAGUGGACAUGUCAUUCACGACCAGUGGCCGGGAGGUAACAAAUAUUCGGACAUUCACUGUUGACAAAACGGAUAACAAUGCUGUUUACAGAUGUGAAGCCUCCAACUCUGUGACUUACCAUCCUAGGAUAGCAACCGUUAAGCUCAGCGUUCAGUUUGCUCCAUCCAAAAUCUCCAUUACGGGACCAACGGAAGGUGUUGUAGGAAAUGUGAUCACGAUGUCCUGCUCGGCUGGGCCCAGCAAUCCAGCAUCGAGGCUUUCUUGGGUCAUCGAUGGAAAAUUGAUUCCGACGACGACAUCGGAAGUGGAGGUGUCGAAAGGGGGCUGGCUCACGACAUCAAACGUUACCGUCACUCUCACCAGGCAGGACCCAGAUAACAAGACGUUUUCAUGCCAUGCAGACAAUGAUGCAUUAAAGGAAACCAUUAAAGAAACAGUCUAUUUUAGUGUAGUUUAUCCUCCGAGUCCUCCAAAGAUUGUCGGCUACGAGGAAGGCACUCCAAUUAAAGCUGGCGAUUUCCAGAGGUUCACUUGUGUCGCCAUCGGUGGGAAUCCUUUGGCAACUUUGCGGUGGUUUAAAAGGGAUAGAGAGGUGCGAGCAAUCACAAGUAUAAGUGGUAGCGGAGUUUUCAGCGAGCUUGUUUUGAGAGCUGAUGCAAGUGACAACGGAGCUGUUUACCGCUGUGAAGCAACCAACUCAGCCACAGAGAAACCACUAGUAACUAAGAUCAAGUUGACAGUGCACUUUCCGCCAUCUUCAGUUACAAUUAAAAUAACCCCAAGCAGACCAAGAGCUGGAGAACUGGUCAGCAUCAUGUGCGACUCCGGUAGCAGCAACCCUGAAUCUACGUUGCACUGGUGGCGCAACGGUGAGGUGUACAAAGGCUACGACAGCGAAGUGUCAAACGCAAUCUACGGCGGGAAAUCCACGCACAGCAAAAUUGAUUUCAAUGCCUAUGCGAAAGAUGACGAAGCAAUUUUCACCUGUCAGGCCACCAAUAAUGUCCUGCAGAGAAGUGUUCACGACAGUGUUACACUCAGAGUUUUUUACAAACCUGAAUUCUUGGUGGCAAGCCUGGAAAAAUUCGACGUGAUCGAGGGAGAGACACUGGUCGUUAAUUUGACGGCUCGUGCCAACCCACCCGUUACGUCUUAUUCUUGGAGAAAAGGCCUGGUGUCCCCCAUUCCAUCCUCCCCUAUGAGAGGAGUGGGGGAGGACAAGAUCAAUCUUCGAGUCACUUCCAGAGGUCCCCUGCUGGAAAUCAAAGAUUCCCGGAGAGAGGACGCGGGACAAUACGAAUGUGAAGCAACUAAUUCUGAAGGAACAGGCCACACUAUCAUUGUUGUCAAUGUUCUGUAUCCAGCAGCAGUAACAACAGUUACCAGAAGUGCAGCCCUAGGUGAAGGUGAAAACGCAACGUUUGAGUGUGCUGCCAUCGGGAAUCCUAUGCGUAGUGACGUCAUCAAUUGGCGGAGAGAAGGUUUCGACCUGGUGCAUAAGACUCAGAUAAAGCUAGAGUGGGGCCGAGCUUAUCUCACAGUUAUUAACGUAACAAGACAAGAUACUGGUGUUUUCGAAUGUGUCGCUUAUAAUGGUAUUGGAUCCGAAGCUGUGGCCAAAGCUCAACUAAUUGUUAAGUUCAAACCCGAGUGCUACCUUCCGAAACGACAGCAAAAAGUAGCUGCGGACAGAGGGGAGACGGCUCUUCUCCGCUGCCUGGCCAUUGGGGCCCCCAUUGUGAAAUUCAUGUGGUCGAACAGCACAGGAUCCAAUAUCACCGAAUCCCCAUCCAGCAUCAAGUACUCGACCAGAACGUCUCAAAUCGAUACCGUCACUUGGGAGAACGUGCUCUACAUCAACAAUGUCAUGGAGGAGGAUUUUGGAUACUACACUUGCUCAGGCUCCAACGAAAUGGGAUCCGACACCCUUCAGGUCCUGCUCAAGAGAAGAGGUAAGCCAGAUCCUCCUGAAGAAUUCCAGGCUCAGAAUGUGACAUCUGAUAGAGUACUGCUGAGUUGGGCUCCGGCAUUCGACGGAGGUUCACCGCAGUUUUUCCGGAUCCGCUACAUGGUGAAAGGUUCCAAUGAAAUCAACACUGUAGAUGUCUUGCCAACCAAUGCCUCUGUAUUUAUGAUAACAGGUUUAGAACCUGGAACUGAAUACUCUUUUGCACUGAUGGCUUGGAAUGUCUACGGAGAAAGUGGAUAUACGGAAAAUGAAGUUGUUGCUCAAACAACAGUUCCACGCCGUCUCCCCAGUACCGCAAUCGAUGCUUUGGCUAAAAAUAACGAAGAUGUACCAGUGUUCCUCUUAGUCAUCAUUUGUAUUGCUGGAACCCUCCUCAUCCUCAUAAAUGGAGCUAUUGUGGCUUGUUAUAUGCAGCGAAAAAAGAAAAGGCAAACGCAAGGGUAUCCCGUCUCCGAAGCUAAGGGUCCACCAUACGAUUCGAGUAUGUAUUCUAGGGAUAAGUACCAUGACACUAUAAAUGGUGAAGCACUAAGAAGCCCCUUGAAUGAUGUGGAAGAGACAUUUCACGAAGACAUACUAAUGAAAGAAAUAAUGAAACAGGAAGCUGAACCAAGCAAAAGCUCAAAAAUUGAACCUAAAGUUCCACCUCGAACACAUCAAAACAAUCAAAGAUGGUCGAGUUCAGCAGAAAACAGUUGCCCAGAUAUUUUGAAGAAUGGUCAUAAUUACGUAAAAGAUGGCUGCAAUUCCACAACUUCCGAAAUCGACAUCAAUACCGCAGACAUCAGCCGCAGUUCCUUGCUCAACGAAAGAGUUCCCGCGGAUCCAGCAAUGUUCAUACCCCCCUCACCCUUAAUCGCAGACGAUCCCUUGCUGAAACCAGGGGGUGCAGCAAUGGCCUUAGGGGUGUCAGCUGUGGACUUGACUUCGGGGAAGACAAAGACAAUUGUCAUCCACCCUCCUCAUAAGCACCAUGAGGCAAGUGCGAACCAGUCUUCACUGGUGACACUCGACGGUCACUUUUUAUGACUUUGAGGGAAACUUGUUCAGGUUUCUCCUGGUGUUUCAUGCUCUCAUGGAGAGGGAUCAUAUCCGAUGUCGUUUGCUCAUGUAUUUUGUGACAAUGUCGCAUUUUUGAUACGUCAACUAAAUGACUACGACACCCAUUCAAUGUGCUGUAAUUAAUUUAAUUUUAUAUUUUAAUAAUAUCUAAUGAUGGAAUUGUAUCUGUUGAUGGAUGUGAUGUAUUUAGUUCAAGUUGUGUAAAGGAACUGAAGAUUGAAACGGGGAAUGAAAUUGUCUGAGAAUUCAGUUAUAGCAGUCAGAUCGUUAUUCGAGAAAAUACGAAACCAGUGGCAAGUGAAAAGCAACAAAAAUAUGGAUAUCCACUAGCAAAACUUGGCAUGCAUUUCCUGUGUAAUAGUAAGGUUGAUAUUCAAGUAUAAAGUAAAAAUCUGAGGCACUAUUGCGGAUGUGAGGCUUCAGUGAUAUAUCCAAAUCUGUUGCGCUAGUCAUACAGGCAUUUUCAGAAAUAUUGGAUAUAUAUAUAUAUUCACAUAAAAGGAAAAAAUAUGUAUAUCAGUAGUGAAUACGAGAAGAUACUGAAACGAGGGAAGCAUAUCCAUAUCUUUGGCGCCAAUUUCGGAAGAUAUUUUGAAGUAAAAUCAGGUUUUAAAAUCGAAUAUAGCCUAGGGAGACGUAAUGAAAGAGAUAAUGUAUGACGGAUACCAUUUUCCCUUCCUAAGCUACUGAGAACAAUGGAUGGAAUGAGUGAAAAUUUGAUGCAUGAGAAACUGUAGCAAAGAUAAGAAAUUCAGAGAGAUAAAGGUAUAGAAUUCAAGAAAAACUGGCAGAUAGAUGUAGAUAUAACUAAUUCUGAUGGCAUAUGGGGUUAAGAAGGAAGAAAUCCAUCUGUGGUGUCAUUUAAUAUGAUUAAGAAAGCCCAGUAAGAUAUGAUAUCGUAUAUGGCAGAUCAAUAAAACCUUAGGGCGAUACCUAAUCUAGGUCGAAAGACAUGACCAAAAUAAAUAGAGAUUCCGUAUGCAGGAGUGAUGAAAAAGUAGUCUAAGUAAAUGAUAGAUGUACAUAAGAUCGCUGAUAAUCUGAUUAGAUGAAAGAUGAAAGAAUGUGAAGAGUUCUACGCAAAAAAAGACGUAUUAUUAUUAUUAUUCUGAUAAUAUGAUAUUUCCUUUGAUUUUACUCAGAGGCUCAUGUAAAUCGCAAUUUUUCGAAGGAUUGUUGAAGCAAUGCGAAUAUAUCAUUAGUGUUCUUCGCAUUAUAUGUAACAAAAUAUUAAAUUAAAUUUCAAAAAGA